CUCAACCAGCGACUAAUUGAGACUGAAAAUUUGUGACAUAAUAAAAUGUCUAAAAAACUUCAAUUAAGCCGUCGUGGACAAAAUGAAAAUGAUGAAGACUCUGAUAUAGCCACUAUCAAACAUUUCCACCAUGAAGAAGACGAAAAUGAUGAAGAAUCUUCUACCAAACAGAGGCAGAACCGUGACAUUAAUGAAGUCGCAGAGGCUACUGUAAAAAAGCCAAAAGCUCAAGAUACAACAUCUGAAAUUGACACGACUGACACAUUGGACAGACCACUAAAUUCAACUGCAGACGAAAGUUAUUAUGUUAAAAACGAAGCUUAUUUUUCAGAUUUUACAAACUUUAGAUUAUUUGCAGAAGUUGCACAAGCUGGACGAGCUCGUGCUGAAGACAGCAUAUUUGAGGCAGAAACCAAAGGUUCAAGCAUCUCAUUUGAUACUGAAGUCAGUCCGGUUGGAGCCAAAGUAAUGGCUCGAGCUGAAGUCGCCAGUGCAUCAGCUAGUGUCGGUCCAGUUGGUGUGAAAGUGGGACUUGGAUUUGACACGGGUGCAUCUGUUGGUGAGGAUGGGGUGGAGGCCAAAUUCCUGGGAACUGGAUUCUCAAUUGGUCAAAAAAACAGCAUAUCUGUUCUGGGUUCAGAAGCAUCAUGUUCAGUCAUGUAGUCAUAGAGGUAUUAAUUACCUUGGAAUAUUGAUGUGUAACAUUUUACUACUGAACCAUGAAGAGAAAAAAAAAACAAAAAAAACAUUAACUUUAACUUUGACCGGAUUAAAUG